AUGCACUGCCCGAGGAUUCGCUGAACAUGCUGAUUCAAUGGGUUUCAUUAUACCCCAAAAUGGCUUCAAAGCUUCCCGUUGUCAGCGUCGCGUCCCACGCACACUUUGAAAACUGGAUUGCGCAGACUGUGUCCGGGUCAAAGUUCCGAGAAGAUUGGCCUGAUGAGGAUGCUGUGCUGGUAUGCGAAAGCAGGGUGAAGGGUUGGCCAAGGGUUGAGAGAUGACGGCACAGAUCCUGCCUUUGUCUUCUUAAUCAUUAAUCCCUGCGCACCUUAGCUAUGGAAUCAAACCAGACGCCGGAUAGGAUUCGCCCUCGGGCCAAACGCACAAAGGUAUCGGACACAUCACCACCUGAUAGUGAUUAUGCCGCAGAAGACCCAAAUAGUAGCUCGCCAUUGCAGCGAAAAACUAAACCGGCGACGUCGUUGUCGUCGUCUAACUCCAGAAAGGCAUCGAGGUCCACGCCCGUGGCGCCUAUGGUCAUAUAUGAGGAUGAUAUAGGCGCACCGCAGGCGUUUCUCGCAACACCCACCUCGCAUGUGGCGCUGCCUAACGACCAAGAAGAUACCCCAGAGAACAGGCCACCGGGCUCUGGACGCAGUAAAAUGCAGAAGGAGCUUGCUAUGAUCGCAUCCCCUGACAAGGAUAAGUGCAUUAUCACCGGAACACGCUCUAGCAUGGCGGUCGAGGGAGCACACUUGUUGGGCCAUAAGCAUGCAAAGACCAAAAGCGAUAUCGACAAGAUUGAUAAAGCUUGGGGAGGGAGGAAUCCGUUUGACAGCCGGUUUAAUAUGUUCUUAGUCGAUGUUUCUUACCAUAAGCGGUUCGAUGCGCGCCACUGGGAAUGGAUGCUGGUUCCAGCACCCGGUGUCAUACGAGAGCUGAAGAAGCUGACGCAGGAACGUUUCGGGGUGGAUGGCAAGGCCAUUCUGACAGACAAAUCUGUCAGCAUAAACAAGGCCUAUCGGUUUAAGCAUUCGACUUAUUACUUUGUUUCGCGAACGAGGAUUACAUGUGGUAUCACGAGAUGGGACGCCGGAGAUUCUGAUGACUUUGUCGUGAAUGACGCUUUACGCGAAUUCGCUGGCAGGUAUGACUCGGAGGAUGAAACCACUUCCUUGAAGGAUACGGUCCUGAUUACAGAGAGGGAGGUCGAUGAUGAGGAUGGUGCCCAGGAGACUGCUGACUUGGAUGCUGUUGAAGGUAGCGGUAUUUUUAGCGGUUCACCUCUUAAUGAGCUCGACGUUGGGUUUGGAACUGGAGAGACUGCCGCUGCCUCGAAGGCCGAUCCGGAGGCCGAUCCGGAGGCCGAGUACCCGAAGCUGGUUGGCACGUACGUUCACCCUUUCAAGGAACUGGGUCCAAUCGAGAGCCAUGUCUCGCCGCAGUUCGUGGUAUUUGAUGCCAUGAGCAAGUAUCUGUCGCUGGGAGAGUGGGAAAGAAUGAAGCUAUGCGCCAACCUGGGGCAGAUAUUAGAGAUGAACAAUGAGGGUAACAAGCACACCGCAGACGAAAUGUUUGAGGAUAUGCAGGGUAUGUUUCUUAGGUCUUGGGAUUUGGACCAAUUCAAAUUAAAGCCGACGGCCGAGCGCUGAGCGCCAAGGCCUGAAGCUCGAAGACGAGAGGAUGGAGCUCACAUAUUUACAACAGUACUAGUCUAUUUCUAGUAGUAUUUUUGUUGACUUCGAUUGAUUGAAGGCAAC